CUCGUGGAGUCAUCUCGCGGGCGCGGCGUCGACCGGAGUGGACUGGAAACGGCAAUCAUCAAUCCUCGUCCUCUCCUCGCCUAUGCUAGACCUACAUUCAAAGGUCCAUUCGAUACCGAUCCCGAAACGCACAGGCGGGAGCUGGCUCCAGUCUUUGCGGGCUGCACUUUGGGUCAUCUGUUUUAAUGCGAGUCUGCUCCUCGUUUGCAUGACUCAGAUCCUGGUCGUGCCCUUCCGCUAUCUGCCUAUCCCUGGAGCCAGGGAGUUCUACGAAGAUAUAAUAACUCUCACAAAGGCGUCAGGGGGCGUCCUCUUUGUCCAUCUAACGCACUUCUUCGCCCCAACGACCUUUGUGAUAACACACGAGGGAAAUGAGGAAAAUGAAUCGUUAUUCGAGUGCGAUGAAGCCACUGGUGAGAUUGUCGGCCUGAAGGCACCGCCCAGAGUAGUCCUCAUGGCGAAUCAUCAAAUAUAUGCGGAUUGGAUGUACUUGUGGUGUCUGAUGUACCUCAUGCGUACACACAGCGAAAUUACUAUCAUCCUUAAGAAGUCCUUAAAGCAUAUCCCCGUACUUGGAUGGGUUAUGCAAUUUUUCCGCUUCAUCUUCUUAGCUCGUUCGUGGUCUGCAGACCGAUUAUACCUGGGGAAGAAGCUUGUAUCGUUGGCUCGUCGUGUGCAGCAUGUCGGCGGGAGGUUUGUGCUCUUCAUUUUCCCAGAGGGGACACUUGUCAGUCCCGACACACGGCCCGCGAGCGCGAAGUACGCAGAAAAGAUAGGGGUUCCUGACUUAGAACAUACCCUUCUCCCUCGCUCAACUGGCCUGCUAUUUUGUCUACGAACUCUUGGACCAGCGAUCCACAAUCUCCGUGUCAUGGAUGUAACCGUUGGUUAUCCAGGAAUCCCCCUUCAUGGUUAUGGGCAAGAUCACUAUACACUACGUUCGAUAUUCCUGAACGGCAUACCACCACCUCAAGUUCACAUACACAUCCGUUAUUACAAGAUCGAGGACAUCCCGAUUGGGGAGGUAAGCACAAAGGAUAGUGUUGGACGAGCUGAGGCAUCCGUUGAAGAGGCGACACGUUUCGAUGCUUGGCUUCGAGAGAGAUGGGUAGAGAAAGAUAGACUGAUGGACACCUUUUAUCGUGAGGGCGCAUUCAGACAGGAAGCUGGCCAGACAUGGACGCCCCCAGUCAAGGUUCCGAUCAGGGUGCGCCACCCAUUCGAGCACUUACAGGCAUAUGGAUUCUUUAUCCCAGUGAUGGCUUGGCAUGCUUGGAAGAUAUUGGGGUUUGGCAUUCACAAACUUGUAUAUACUUAGCUGGAUUCCCUCUGGUCUGGAGAAGGACGCAGGGAUCUGCCCUUCCUUUCGUUGCGUUCACCGCUGUAGAUAUUUUCUGCUGGGAUGUUGAAGGGUCGCAAUAUUGGAGGCAUUCAGGCACGUCAAAGGUCACUGUAUUGUGGAUGUGCCCUCCAUUUAUAGUGAAGAAUGGGCCUGUCUAUUUGCUUCCAAGCGGUUGACCAUGUGCAGGG